AUCCCUGAAGCUGCAGACCCUCUGCCAGAACAUGUGUAGCGCGGUCUACCUACAGUCAGGGUGAGAUCGGGGGCUCGGCUCCUGGAUGUGGGACAGCAGUGUCGGAUCUGUCUGCUGGAUUUCAUCCUGGGCCAACAUGUCCGAACUCUGCCCUGCCAGCACAAGUUAAGUCUGAUCUCCAGAGACGUACUUAUACUCACGACUACAGUUAACUACAGACAUACAGUCUGUUACAGAUACAAAUACAGACAAAACAAGCCCAGUACAGACGUUCUGCUACCUAGGCACUAAUCAUGUCUACUGCAGGGGACAACCAGGCGACGUCCGAGAGCCAGUACAGCGAGGAACUGGACACUGAGUUCCAGGAGAUUAAGGCGCAGGUGGAGGAGCGGAUCCUCCAGAGGAGAGAUGAAAUCUUGGAUCUGAGCAGGAUGAAGGAGAUUCACCGUCACAUGUUCACAGUGACCCAAAAUCAGCUGCUGAACAAAGACACUGAACUCCUCCAGAGAAAGAUGGCCUGGCAGGCAAGAUACAAAGGUCUGAAGGACAAGUUCGCCAAGGACCUGGCCAACGAACAAAAGCACUGGAAGACCAAAGUCCAACUGAUGGAGGUCGAGAAAAAAGACAUGGAGGACACGUUCACCAAGGAACUGGCUGAGAAACAGCACAGCUUGGAGACCAAAGUCCAACUGAUGGAGGUCGAGAAAAAAGACAUGGAGGACAAGUUCACCAAGGAACUGGCUGAGAAACAGCACAGCUUGGAGACCAAAGUCCAACUGAUGGAGGUCGAGAAAAAAGACAUGGAGGACAAGUUCACCAAGGAACUGGCUGAGAAACAGCACAGCUUGGAGACCAAAGUCCAACUGAUGGAGGUCGAGAAAAAAGACAUGGAGGACAAGUUCACCAAGGAACUGGCUGAGAAACAGCACAGCUUGGAGACCAAAGUCCAACUGAUGGAGGUCGAGAAAAAAGACAUGGAGGACAAGUUCACCAAGGAACUGGCUGAGAAACAGCACAGCUGGGAGACCAAAGUCCAACUGAUGGAGGUCGACAAGAAAGACCUGGAGGCAAUAUUUUUCAAGAGCCUGGCUGAGACCAACCGCAACUGCCAGAUGGAAAUUGAACAGCUGGAGGCCGAAUUAAAAGAGGUGGAGAGAAAAAAUAACGAGGCGACGUCCGAGAGCCAGUACAGCGAGGAGCUGGACACUGAGUUCGGGGACAUUCAGGCCCGGGUGGAGGAGCGGAUCCUGCAGGAUGAAUAUGAAAUCCUGGAUCUGAGCAGGAUGAGGGAGAUUCACCGUCACAUGUUCACAGUGACCCAAAAUCAGCUGCUGAACAAAGACACUGAACUCGCCCAGAGAAAGAUGGCCUGGCAGGCAAAAUACGAUGUUCUGAAGGACAAGUUCUCAAAGGACCUGGCUGAGAAACAGCACAGCUGGGAGAAAAAGGUACAGCGGAUGGAAGUGGAGAAGAAAGUCCUGGAGAACAAGUUCUCCAAGGACCUGGCUGAGAUCCACCACAGCUGGGAGAACAAAGUCCAUCUGAUGAAGGUUGAAAAGAAAGACCAAGAGGACAAGUUGUCCAAGGAACUGGCUGAGAAAGACCAAGAGGACAAGUUGUCCAAGGAACUGGCUGAGAAAGAGCACAGCUGGGAGAACAAAGUCCAUCUGAUGGAGGUCGAAAAGAAAGACCAAGAGGACAAGUUGUCCAAGGAACUGGCUGAGAAAGAGCACAGCUGGGAGAACAAAGUCCAUCUGUUGGAGGUCGAAAGGAAAGACCAAGAGGACAAGUUGUCCAAGGAACUGGCUGAGAAAGAGCACAGCUGGGAGAACAAAGUCCAUCUGUUGGAGGUCGAAAGGAAAGACCUAGAGGACAAGUUCUCCAAGGACCUGGCUGAGACCCACCACAGCUGGGAGACGGAAAUUGAACUGCUAGAGGCAGAGUUAAAAGAGGUGGAGAAUGAGAAGAGGGACUUGGCUGACAAACACCAGAGCUGCCAGACAAAGAUUCAUCUGAUGGAGGUGAAAACCGAAGAAAUGCAGGACAACCUUGCAAACCUGGCCAAAGACAAACUGAUUUCAGAGACAAAGAUACAUCUGAUGGAGGAAAAAGCCAAAGAGAUGGAGGAAAAAGCCAAAGAGAUGGAGGACAACCACAAACAGAGCUGGGACACAAAAGAAAAAAAGAUGGAGGACGAGAAGACAGAGCUGGAAGAUCUUUGUCUGAUGAUGAAGAAGAAGAGGAGAGGUCUCUUCAGCAGGAGGAGGACCGAGGACAGACACGAAACUCUGGAGAGGAUGAAAUUCAAAAUGCACGAGGAGAGGAGAAGGAGAGAAGAAUAGGAGGGAGCUGACAAUCUAACUCCCUCCUCCCUCAACCCCCUCCCUCCUUCAUCUACACACACACACACACACACACACACACACACACACACACACACACACACACACACACACACACACACACACACACACACACACACACCCCCUCAUAUUACUGUCAGGUUCACAAAUAGCCCCAAAACAAAAAACAAAAAUGUCACUUAAAAUUUGAUGAACAGGAGGAGAGAAGAAUAGGAGGGAGCUGACCAUCUAACUCCAUCCUCCGUCAACCCCCUCCUUCCUUCAUCUACCCCCCAGCUCAUAUUACUGUCAGGUUCGCACACAUUCCUCAUAUAGAAACUUGAUACUGACUGGACAAUCUAAAUUGUUCACAAAUAGCCCCAAAACAAAAAACAAAAAUGUCACUUAAAAUUUGAUGAACAGGAGGAGAGAAGAAUAGGAGGGAGCUGACCAUCUAACUCCCUCCUCCCUCAACCCCCUCCCUCCUUCAUCUACCACCCCCCCCCAAAACAAUGUCAGUAAUAUGAAUUCACUUUCCCUUUGAGUUUUCUCCUGGUGCUCAGGUUCUCAAACAAUUCACAUACAUAUACAUACAAAAAAACAAAAACAAAAAUUUGCAAAUAAAUAAUGAAGCAAAUUUAAUUUCACCGUGUUUGUCUUUUACUCUCACAAUGCAAAACACUUUGGGCUAUUUGGACGCUCUAAAUGACUUCUAAAUAGAAAACAAUCAAAUAUGAAUUCAAUGCGUCUGCCUCCUUGAUAAACAUUUUCACUAUAUGUACAUUAUUGUAGGAUAUUUUUACACUUUUAUUUGUUAUAUUUUCUGUUUUUGAAGCAUGCAAAUGUUUGUUAAAAUUAAUAUAUGCAUAUUAUAUUUGUAUAUUACCUUUAUAUUUAAAUAUCCAUAUUAUAUUUGUAUAAUAUGUAAUGUAGUGUAAUGUUACUUUUCCCCAAAACUAUUCAUCCAAAAUGCGUGCGUGCAGGCCUGCGUGCGUUGUCAUAGAAACGCAGAUCAAAGCCAAUUGUUCUUGAGUCAUCAAAGGCCUUAUUACAUCAUCAAAGACACUGAGCAGAAGUUUAUAUCUUAUAAUAAUAUGAUAUCCUAAAAAAAUAAAAUAAAAAAAGUACACACUUAAUUAACAAUUUGGCCAAGGAGAGAGCUGAUAUCCUAAAAAAAUAAAAUAAAAAAAAGUAAAAACUAAAUUAACAAUUUGGCCAAGGAGAGAGCUGAUAUCCUAAAAAAAUAAAAUAAAAAAAAAGUAAAAACUAAAUUAACAAUUUGGCCAAGGAGAGAGCUGAUAUCCUAAAAAUAAAAUUAAAAAAAUAAUUAACUAUUUAGCCAAGGAGAAAGCUGAUAUCCUAAAAAAUAAAAAAAAAUAAAAUUAACUAUUUGGCCAAGGAGAGAGCUGAUAUCCUAAAAAAAUAAAAUAAAUAAAAAAGUACAAACUAAAUUAACUAUUUGGCCAAGGAGAGAGCUGAUAUCCUAAAAAAAUAAAAUAAAUAAAAAAGUACAAACUAAAUUAACUAUUUAGCCAAGGAGAGAGCUGAUAUCCUAAAAAAUAAAAUAAAUAAAAAAGUACAAACUAAAUUAACUAUUUAGCCAAGGAGAGAGCUGAUAUCCUAAAAAUAAAAUAAAUAAAAAAGUACAAACUAAAUUAACAAUUUGGCCAAGGAGAGAGCUGAUAUCCUAAAAAAUAAAAUAAAUAAAAAAGUACAAACUAAAUUAACAAUUUGGCCAGGAGAGAGCUGAUAUCCUAAAAAAUAAAACAAAUAAAAAUUAACAAUUUGGCCAGGAGAGAGCUGAUAUCCUAAAAAAUAAAACAAAUAAAAAUUAACAAUUUGGCCAAGGAGAGAGCUGAUAUCCUACGCUCUAAAUGACUUCUAAAUAGAAAACAAUCAAAUAUGAAUUCAAUGCGUCUGCCUCCUUGAUAAACAUUUUCACUAUAUGUACAUUAUUGUAGGAUAUUUUUACACUUUUAUUUGUUAUAUUUUCUGUUUUUGAAGCAUGCAAAUGUUUGUUAAAAUUAAUAUAUGCAUAUUAUAUUUGUAUAUUACCUUUAUAUUUAAAUAUCCAUAUUAUAUUUGUAUAAUAUGUAAUGUAGUGUAAUGUUACUUUUCCCCAAAACUAUUCAUCCAAAAUGCGUGCGUGCAGGCCUGCGUGCGUUGUCAUAGAAACGCAGAUCAAAGCCAAUUGUUCUUGAGUCAUCAAAGGCCUUAUUACAUCAUCAAAGACACUGAGCAGAAGUUUAUAUCUUAUAAUAAUAUGAUAUCCUAAAAAAAUAAAAUAAAAAAAGUACACACUUAAUUAACAAUUUGGCCAAGGAGAGAGCUGAUAUCCUUAAAAAAAAAAAAAAAAAAAAA